UGCACUCCUCUGUCAGCUACAGCAGAAGAAAACAACCACGCCCCCAAUCAGCAUAAGUACCUCCCCAACACCGGUCUCCUUCGUCUUUGUUUUCUUCUGUCAGCUGUUUGGGGGAGGGGUUUGCACUCACUGAUCCCAGCAGGGAUCCGAUUACCGGGUGCAGUUCUCUGCAGCUUCUCUCCACCCGAAGCCCAUGCCGUUAUCAGCUCAGGCUGUGUGUGCUGGGAACCCUGUGUGGUGGGGGUUUUCCUUGCCGUGGGCAGGUCUAAGCACAGUGUGCUGCUGCUGUCUGGAGGCGACUGCUGAUGACAUCAUAGAGGUGUGCACCUGUAGUUAAGUUGUGCAUGGUGCUGGCAACUUUGCCCUUAGUAGUGUGCUGUUCAACAUGGAGCCAGCUGCCUCUAAACGCGCCGCUUCUAGGACUUCAGGUGAUUCUGUCCCUGUGGAGGAGCCUGUGUCUAAAAGGGAUAAGCAUCAUGGGAAAGAGGAUAAGGAGUUAAGGAUGUGUAAAGCGUGUGAUAAUUCUGCUAUCAAGGGUAGAAGAUUAUGCCAGAUAUGUUUGGAGGAGUAUGCUACCAGAAACCUUAGCAAGAAUUUAUCUGCUACUCCUGCUCUCUCUCAUGCUAGUUAUUCUGAGAGACCCUCCACUUCUGCUGUCGCUCCAGUGGAUCAAUCCAUUAUCAGAGACUGGGUUAGAGAAGCAGUAUCUGAAAGCCUAAAAAACCUUCCGGGUAGUAAAGAGCCAUCUGCGCAGUCUAAAAUUGUAUUAUCUUCUGGGGAUGAAGGUGAAUGUUCCUUUUCUGAUGAGGAGGAUGAUGAUGAAGAUGAGUCUCAGUGUUUUGAAACUAAACUUGUUCCUUCUUUAAUUAAAGCGGUGAGAAGAACCCUUAGUCUGGAGGUCCCUCAGCCUGAAUCUUUCAUAUCCUCCCUUUUUUCUAAGAAGAAAAAGCCAUUUUUUCCUGUGCAUCCUGAAAUUAAAGACAUUAUGAAUCAAGAAUGGGCUAAAGGUCCUAAAAAGACCCCUGUGGAGGCUAAAAUUGCUCAGUUGUAUCCUUUUUCUCUGGAAGAUCUAGAAUUAUGGGAGAAUCUUCCCACUGUUGAUGCCCCGGUGGCACGCUUAUCAAAGAAGACGGCGCUUCCAAUUGACGAUAUUUCAGCCUUAAAACACCCGAUGGACAGACGUAUGGAAACUGAACUGAAAAAGUUAUUCAUGACGGCUGGGGCAGCUUGUAAGCCUUCUGUGUCCAUAGUUUCAGUUUCUAAAGCAAUUUCCAUUUGGGCAGACAACAUUGAACAAGCAGUUCUGGAGGAUUCUCCUAGAGAGAAGAUUGCUCAAGCCCUUUUAGAUCUCAAGAAGGCCGCAGAGUUUUGCCUUGAAGCUGCUAUUGAUCUUUCUAGAUUAUCGGCUCGUAAUCUUAUGUAUUCGGUUGCUGCCCGCAGAGCAUUAUGGCUUCGCUCAUGGUAUGCGGAUACCGCCUCCAAAAAUACGCUGUGUAAAUUGCCCUAUGAGGGUAAACGAUUGUUUGGUAAAAGCCUAGAUGAUAUCAUUGCAAAAUCCUCAGGAGGAAAGAGCACCUUUUUACCGCAGACCAAACGAUUCUUUGACCCGAAGAAACAAAAUGACAGAUAUUCCUCAAAGCGGAGGGAAGAUUCCAGAUAUUACAGACCUGGCAGAGAGUUUAAGGCACCUUGGCGUUCUGGUCAGUCUUCUUUUUUUCGGGGCAACAAGUCUAAGGGUCCAAGGUCCCCAAAAAAUCAGCCCAAGGCCCAAUGAGAUGAGGCCGGCCCAGACAGCCCGGG